AGCGCUAUCGUUUUCGAACUGGAUCCGAAUCGACAGAAGAUCGCGGAUCGGAUCGCAAAUGUUUUUUUUUGAGACAGACGCCGUUCCUCUCUGCGCUAGUUCAGGUGUAUCUAGGUUAAAUUCGCGAUCGGAGUGUGUUACAAAAUGAUGGAGAGUGUGCAAAAAAAGCAGCAGAAAGCGAUACGAAAAUUGACUAAGUAGACUGACUGUGUUGGCCAACUGCUGUUCGUUCGGGUCGAGUGUUCGAUGAAAAGCGAAACCUGUGCGAAAAAAGAAAGCGAGUUUUCACUUUUCCUUUAGUCAGCUAUCGCUGGAAGUGCACCUCGUCUCCGGAUCCCGGAUUCCCUCCGGUCCCAAGAGUCCCUCCAAACCAAUUGUGAUAAAGAUAUAGCGAGCACAAGUGCGGCGAGUGUUCGAUUGCUCCUCCCAAUCAGAAACCAAAGAACUUUGGACGUCGAAGACCCUCUGGAAGUCACACGCAGCACAAACACAACAAACACAACAGACGCAAACAGCAACUCAAAAUGAUAAAAACAAAGAGCAGCGACGACAAACUCGACACGCUCCUCUCGCGCAGCGUGGUUCCGAUCAUCGAUCUCGCCCACUGUGGCAUCGAGGAAGUGCCGGUCAAGUCGGUGGUCAACCGCGUGGGUCACCAGCUCAAGAAAGCUCUCUCCGAGAAGGGCAUGGCCCUGCUGGUCAACCAUGGCAUCUCCGAUGAGAAGCUCAAGACUGCCUGGGAUCACCUGGAUGACUUCGUGGACCUGCCGCCCGACAUCAGACAGCACUAUAUCCGUGCCGAUGGAGACAAACAUGGCUACGUGAGUCGUGGUCAGCAGCAGCGAUUCGAUGGCAAGUCGCCGGAGCUGCGUCACGCCUUCAAUAUCAGCACACUGAACGCCCAGAAUCUGCCGGAGGAGCCGCUGCCAGGCUUCGCGGACCACAUCAGCACCCUGGCCACGGACUUCAAGGCGCUGGCCAGCUUCAUCCUGCAGGCGCUGGCCGUCUCCCUGGACAUUCCGCACACGUUCUUCCUCGAAAAGCACUCGCACAUGCUGUCCGGCGACCACGACAACAUGAGCUCCCUGCGCAUGCUCUACUACCCGCCCAUAGUGGACGACGAGCCCGGCCAGAACGACGUGAUCAAGGGUCGCUGCCAGUACAGCUACCAGCGCUGUCUGUCCAACCAGCCGGACUUCCGGCCGGAGCACAAUCCCCGCGACGAAGACGACCUCAACGAGGUGGACGGCCCCAAUGGCCAGCUGUUCGAGCACAAGCUGGGCAACGGCGCCGUUAUCCAGUGUCCUCCCCACGUGGACUACGGCACCUUCACCCUGCUCUCCCAGGACUCGGAGGGCGGGCUGGAGGUGAAGCUGCCCGGCAGCGAGAAGUGGCACCGCGUGGGCCACCUGCCCGGCUCCAUUCUCGUCAACUGUGGUGAGAUCUUGAAUAUCUGGACACAGGGACGAUAUCCCGCAUUGCAACAUCGCGUGAUAAUACCGGAGCAGGAAACUAUUCGCGCGCGUGGCCGCCACUCGAUAGCCUUCUUCUGCCAUCCGGACAACAUCACCACGAUAUCGCCCAACGAUCUGCCCAAUCCGGAUGCCGUCCAGGACAAGGCGUGUCUCAAGCAGCGCAAGAAGUCCUUCAGGGCGGUGAAAGAAAGAGCCUACAAUGCAUAUCAGCUCAUACAGAAAAAGUUUAGGAAUACGUAUAGGAGUAACAAUCACUCAUAGGACCCAUAGACCAUAGAGCAUAGACCUAGACCGCAGUCGGUCGAGCCAUCCAUCGCAUCUCUACCUGAACUGGGAUGAAGUUCGUCGUGGGAACGGAUGGGGAAAAUGAAAAGCAGCAACUCAUAUGAUGUUUUGAACCUUUUUAUUAUUACCUUUACUUUUAUUCCAUACGAUUGUAAUUGCUUCAUUUCAUUAAUUUAUAUGUAUCGCGAUACUAUAUACAAUACAUGCAUACACCGUAAACAUAUCCCUUUGUAUAAUAAAUAUAUAUGUAUAAUUUAAUAUAGCUUCCACUGAAAAACGCA